AGAAAAUGCAAUAACAGUAAAACUAAAGUUAGUAGGCUUCUAAAAUAUAUAAGAAAGCGUGUCCUAAUAAUAAUAGUUAAAUCGACCAAAAGUAAUUCUCUCCUCGAACAACUGAGUCGACAAAUAGAAAAAUCAAUCACAUUUAUGAAGAUGAAUUCCGUUAAAGGGUUGAUAACAUAUUGCAUGAGAAUCAUUAAUAAUUAAACUUAGGGAAUUAGCUAUUAAAAUAAUUAGAAGAUAUAAAGUAAUAGCAAGUUGAUAAAAAUGAAGAAAUCCUAAGAGCAAUAAAAUUUUAUAAGAAUUUUCAUACUCAUUCUCCUCAAAGACAUUCAUCCACAGAAAAGAGAAGUAUCUCUCCAAAGUCAAAAAAUCCAAAUGUAUAAUAGUGGUAAAAAGGAUUUUAGAAUCCAGAUGUUAAGGAUGUUUUUGAUAAACUGAGUCAAUAUAAGUUUGUUGAAUUAAACUAUUUUCUAGAAGAAUUGCAUGAGUCUGAUAAAUAAGCACCUUCUCUUGCUUACAAAAAAAUACAUAAUAAAGAUUUGAAUUCACUUCCAGAAUAGAUUAAAUAUUUCAGUCCUAGUUAUUUAAAGUCAAUUUUAGAUUAUUCCAAAUCAUAAGCAAGUUCUAUAAAAUAACAUAUAUAACAAGUAAUCGAUAGUAGUAUUGAUAAAAUUCAUAUUAAAAAACCAUCUUUGAAAUAAUCAAGUAAAUAUGCUGAUAUAAAUUGGUAACAAAUUGAAUAGAAUUUUAAGGAUUAAACUACAUUGAUCAAUGAAUUAUAACAUGAAGUAUCUCUCUUAUAAAAUUAACUCACAACUUUAUAACAGGAUUUUGGAUAAAUCCAAUCGUAGUAAUAAACAAAUGUUGAAUAAACUGAAGAAAAAAUAAGUAAAUUAUCGAACGAAAUUCUUUAAUUAUCAGAAAAUACAAAUAGUAUCACUUAUUAAAAAGAAUUCACUAAGAAAUCCUCUACAAUUUCUAGAUAAUCCAUCAGUAACUUAUCAGAAACAUAAAUAAAAAGAACAACAAAAUAAAAAUAGACAGAUUUAGUUGAAAAACAUGCAAUGCUUAGUUAUUUUAGAGCUGAAUUUGCAGCUAAUUUUGAUGAAAUUAAUCAAAAGUUUCAAUAAAUGUUAGAUGAUAGUAAGUAAGCAUUUGAAGAGAGAAUUAAUUGUUUAAGUUAAGAAUUCAAAAAUUUAACUGAAGCUAUUAAUUACACAUAAAUUUUAUAAAAUAUUUCUAGCUCAGUAGAACCAAGUAAUAAUUAAGAGAUGAUCUAAAAGAGUUGUACUGAAAGAGCUUAAGAAAUUAUAGAUAAUGAAAGCCUUACUAAUGUCAAGUCUUAACAAGAAUCACAAAAUUAAAAUCAAGAAAAAGUGUAAGUGUAAGAUUAAUCAAUAACAUAAGAAAUUGAUACGAUGAAAAUGUAAAAUGAUGUCUUAAUUAAGUAAUCUAAUUAGAUGUAAGAAGAUAUACAAAGAUUAAAUAGAUGGAUAAAAGAGUUAUAAAAUUUUAAUUCACUAUAUUAGACUAAAUUUGAAUAAAGACUCUCUUAAGUACAAAGUGAUCAUGAGCUUAUCUAAUAAGAGCAAGAAUAAUGUAAAAUGAUUAUGACAACAUUUAAAAAUUCAAUGAGAAUAGAUGCGAUUCAAAAUUCUGAUAAUAGUUUUAGAUCUGAUCAAGAGUAAGUUUUAUAAAAAUAAUAUUCUGAAAAAAAUAUACAUUUUUAUGUUUAAUAAUUAGAUGUAAAAGUUCAAGAAUUGGCAAUUGAAGUUGACAAAAUUGAUAAAAAACUCUAAAAAAUAAUGGAAAAUAAGACUACAAAAAAUAUUAGCAUUAAUGACAUACUAAUUAAUCUUCAUUAAUAGUAACAUGUAGCUAACAUCUGUAUAAUAUCAGAGAAAAAAGAUUUCUUAACUUUGGGUAUUAAUUCAAACGAAAUUAAAAUCUCUACGUAUAUCAGUGUCUAUGAUAACUCCUUUUAUACUGCAUUUGCAUAUUAAUUUUUAAGGAAUAAAAUAAUGUAUGAAUAGGACGAUUUCUAUUCUUUUAUUGAAGAUAUUAAAAUACUUAACUUUAUUAUUUAUUGUGAUUAAUUACAAAUUUCAUAAUCUUAAUUUGGCUAGAUCAAACAAUUGUUAAUUCUGUAUUUAAUACAAAUUUAUAAUGAAGAUUAAGACCAAAGAAUAUCAGCAUUCAAUUAAUUAUAUAAAAAUUAGAAUAAUCUAAAUUUUCACAUUUUAGCCAAUAUAUUAAUUAGAAAUAUGUUUUAGUCAAAAGUGUAAUCAACCCUUAAUAUAUUAAAUUGGAACACAUAACUAGAAGAUGCUUUAAAUCUUCAGUCAUUAUCACAACAAUUAAAUAUGUAAUAGUUUUAUUUAUUUUAAGAACUCUUCAUUUCAUUCAAGUUUGCAAUACUGAAAUCAAGGAAAAUAUCUUUGAACAAGGAAAGGAUAAAAUAGAAAUUUUAGACCAUAAUAAAUAAUAUUAUAUUAUAAAUUUGGAAUGA